AUGGCCGACAAUGUGCCAGUCGAUGUCAUCCAGUCGCAUCAAGAUGAGCAUCGCGACUCUCUAGCCAGCUCACAACGCGAGCACGAACCCCCGCAACUCCAAAUGGAGGCUCAAGUCGACCGCGAUGAAAAAUAUCAACGAGACGUCCCUCCAGAUGGUGGGUAUGGCUGGGUCUGCGUCGCCUGUGUCUUCUGGAUCAACGCGCAUACCUGGGGAAUCAACAGUAGUUACGGCGUCUUCCUCAGCUACUAUUUGUCACACAAUGUCUUCCCCAAUACGUCUGUCCUCGCAUACGCUUUCACUGGUGGCUUGAGUAUUUCAUGUGCUCUGCUCGUGGCUCCGCUAGCCACAUACCUGAUCCAGCUAUAUGGGACCCGCUUCGUGGUAAAUCUCGGCGUGUUUUUCGAGACCCUCUCUCUCAUUGGAUCCUCGUUCGCCUCUCAGAAAUGGCACAUUUUCCUCAGUCAAGGCGUCUGCUUUGGUUGGGGAAUGGGCUUUCUGUUCGUUGGCAGUGUCGGAAUCGCGCCACAGUGGUUCCUGAAACGCCGGAGCUUUGCGAUGAGCAUCACCGCAGCGGGUUCUGGACUCGGUGGUUUAAUCUACUCGCUCGCGGUGGGAGCCAUCAUUCCGCGCUGGGGCCUUGGUUGGGCAUUCCGGAUUCUCGGUAUAAUUUCCUGCAUCGUUAAUCUAGUGUGCGGCAACCUUCUUCGAGACCGCAACAAGCUGGUCGGGAGCCGGCUAACUGCCUUUCACUUCCCCCCUUCUCCGCCGGCCGGAAUUUCUCCUCUUUCUAGGAUGGGCGUUGCCAAUUUUGCACUCUCUGUGGGCCUCACCUCCCACCAAGGGAGCAUUGUCUCCGCAUUGCUCAAUCUGGGACAGGGACUUGGUCGUCCGUUUGUAGGGAUGUUCAGUGACCGACUCGGCCGCAUCAAUAUAGCGACCUUCCUCACUUUUAUGUGUGGACUAUUUUGUCUUGUGAUCUGGGUCUUUGCUGAUAGUAUGGGCGUGGUCUGUUUCUUUGCCGUGCUGGUUGGAACCGUUGCCGGAACUUACUGGGCCACUGUCUCUCCAGUGCUCGCUGAGAUCAUUGGCCUAAGAGAUCUGCCUUCGGGCCUCAGCAUUACCUGGCUGGCUCUUGUUGCGCCUUGUACCGUCUCCGAGGCAAUCGCAUUAGAGCUUCGCCGAAAUACCCCUAGCGGUGGUACCUCCUAUCUCCACGUUCAAAUUUUUACGGGUUUUGCAUAUAUUGGUGCCUCUCUGUGUCUCUGGCUUGUUCGUGGAUGGAAAGUUGGCGAAUUGGAGCGGGCGCAGCAGGGGCGGGAAUCUGCUGCUCGUGAAGUCCCGUUGACAAACAAUGACUUUACUUCUGGGAAAGAAAGACAAGGUUGUCCACCUACAACUGCGUCUACGGUCUCUGCCGAGGGUGCAAUUGAUCUGCAGCUCUGGGCGCCAUGGAGCCUUGCUCGGCGAAUGAUCACAUUAAAACGCGUCUAG